AAAACACUCCCUCUGUGAUUCGCGGGAAAAGUGAAAAAUGGCGACGGUGGAAGUUUGAAGUUCAGCGCCAGCAGAGACAGACAUCGAGGACACGGAUACACAGACACUCAGACCGUUUGUCUGUUUGUCGGGCGGAUCAACAGCCUGUCUGUGUUUUAGAGGACCGGGCCAGAGGAGGAUGUUUGAGGACGUGGUUGAAGCCUUCUGUGGUCUGGAGCCUCAGGUGUCCCAGGGUGGUGCAUGUCUCAGGGGGAAGGGCCUGGAGGAUGGGGAACAGGAGGAGGAUUGUAGCCUGAGUGUUGGACAGUUUGUCCUCUGUCAUUGGUCAGAUGGACUUUACUACCUGGGCAAGAUACAGAGGGUGAGUCCCCCCCGGCAGAGCUGCUUUGUCACAUUUGAGGAUAACUCCAAGUUCUGGGUCCUCUGGAAGGACAUCCAACAUGCUGGUGUGCCAGGGGAGGAGCCUCGCUGCUCUGUAUGUCGGGGGGUGGAGCCAAACUCUGACAGCCAGUCAAACCAAAACAACCAGAUCCUCAUCUGUGGAAAGUGUGGCAUUGGUUUCCACCAGCAGUGCCAUGUUCCUCCUGUAGAAGGCAGCAACAGUCUGAGUCCUUGGUUCUGUAGACGAUGUGUCUUUGCUCUGGCUGUCAGGAAAGGGGGCGCUCUUAAGAAAGGUCCUAUAGCCAAAGCACUGUCAACCAUGAAGCAGGUGCUGCUAUAUGACUUGGAUUCCCUGGACUGGGACUCCCAGCACCGAACCAAUCAACAGCAGUGUUAUUGUUACUGUGGAGGCCCUGGAGAGUGGUACCUGAAGAUGCUGCAGUGCUUCAGGUGUCAGCAGUGGUUUCAUGAAGCCUGCACCCAGUGCCUGCAGGAGUCCAUGAUGUUUGGAGACAGGUUUUACCUCUUCCUGUGUUCGGUGUGUAAUAAAGGAUCAGAGUAUGUUCGUCGGCUGUCUCUGCGGUGGGUCGAUCUGGUUCACUUGGUUCUCUACAACCUGUCAGUCAGCAGCAAGAAGAAGUACUUUGAGCUUGACGAGAUCCUUGCUUUCGUCUCUGCAAACUGGGAAUGUUUACAGCUUGGGAAGCUGUCUAACACUCCUCCAGCAGAGAGGGGGCAGCACCUUCUGGAUGCUCUGAACAAAUACAAGAGCAAGUUUCUGUGUGGGAAAGAGAUAAAGAAGAGGAAGUGCAUUUUUCGACUGAGGACCCGAGUUCCUCCCAAUCCCCCUUCCAAGCUCUUUCCUGAGCGUGCUCCAAGCGAUGGGGGAUGGGGACGUAAGAAAGGCGUUAUCCGUAACAGUACUUCAGUUGAGAGAAAGAAGAGGAAGUCCAAGUGGCUCCUGGAAGACGCCAUCCCUAACAACGAGUUAUCCUGUAGCUGGACGUCCAACCACCAUAUGGCCAACAUCUUUGAUUUCACCCUGGAUGAAUUACAGAGCCUCAAGAGUUCUUCCAGUACAACAGUCAGUAUUGAUCAGGACUCCACUGAUGCCUCCACUUCGGGUUCUGCUACAACCAGUGCCUCCUACCACUUCAGGAGGAGGGUGGGUAGCAGGAAGAGGAAGUUACCUAGCAACAGCUACAGCCAGUGGGCUAAUCGUAGCGAGGCCAAGGAGGAGAUUGAGGGUGAGGAGCUUUCUGAAAUUCUGGAGGAUCCAGAAGCUACAAACCACGCUCACCUGUCACCAGACUCCUCCCACUUUCUUUCUGAAUCCUCCCAGCUCUCUUCAGACUCCUCCAACCUCCAUUCCUCCAUCUCCUCAUAUUUUGGAGUAGUGGGCAGACUGACCAAUGGAGAGAAGUACCAGGUGUUGGCUCGACGUAUCACUCCUCAGGGUACGGUCCAGUACCUGCUGGAGUGGGAGGGGACAACACCAUAUUAGAACAUUGACAGGGAACAGGGUUUAGGAGUCCUGUCUCGCUUUGGUUCCUCUUUCUCCACUCAGUGCACUCCUGAUCAGUCUCGAGGCAGCCUCCGUUAAACCAUGCGUAAAGUAUGCACUGUUUCCACCUGACAGUCCACCUGACCAGCCACCUGUGAGGUAGCUGUUUAUAAUGCACCUUCACAUAUCAUUUUUUUUUUUUUUUUAAUGUUUUAAAGGCAACAAUACAUUUGUUUUUAAAUUUUUAGCGAACCACUGAACCACCACACUCAUCACAGUCUCAGUCAGUGCCCACAAAUCUUCUAUGUUCUUGUAAACAUCUGUCAGACAUAUGUACAGUAUUAUGUCUCCACUGCAGCAUGCUAUGUGCUGUAUAAGAACUGCUAGUUCACAGAUGGAGAGCUAACUGCUCCAGUCACCACAGCAUCACCACACAUGCUGAAAUGUGAAACAACAAUCAUCUCAAACCUGUCAACUUACUUCAGAUCGUAUACACUAAUCAUAGAUCAGUGUCAUUUGCUUAUUUACUGCCUCAUAAUUACAGUUUGCACACUGUAAAAUCACUCUUGCAAGAAAGCUGUUCUCAGAACAGUGUCAAGUCAAUUUUAUUUAUAUAGCCCAACAUCACCAAAAAUUUGCAUUGAAGUGCUUUAGAGUCUGUACAGGAAGUGACACCCUCUGUCUUAAGACCCUAACUUCGCCAACAGUGGACAGACAGUUAGUGUCAAUAUGACACGGUCAUACCCACGUGAUCAGAAUAAGAAUAUUUAUUAAUCCCGGAGGAAGUUGUGUAGUCACACAGUUGCUCCAUGCCAUAUUAAGAUAUAUAUAUAAUUACAAGAAAAAAAUACCAAAUAUUACAGAAAUAUGGGUAAUUAUAUAUAAUAAAUGAAAAGUAAGCAAAAUGAACAAAAUACCAUGAAACAGCACGAUAUGUGCCAGAUAAAAACAUAAUCAAUAUGAUCAAUAAGAACAUGGGUAGCAGUUAAACUCUACAGAAUAUACUGAUAUGGGAGUGUGCAAAAUAUUGUUAUGUGUAGUUACAUUGCAGUGAACAGCUGAAAAGCAAAAUAGCUUCCACAGCCAAUAAAUGGAUGGUAAUUAGUCCUGCAGAAAAUUCAAGAAAAGCACACUGCCACCACUAGUGGGCAGUAAAUUAUACAUGAACACUUGCUGAUCUCUCAAGAUCACUGAAGAUGCUAUUCUGAGUCAGAUUAAUGAGCGACAUCACUCCUACAUCAGUAUAAAUUCAUUCAUUCAUCUUCUGCCACUUUAUCCUCUUGAGAGUGAGGAGGGAGCUGGAGCCAAUCCCAGCUGACAGGGUGGUACCACUGCACUCUAUCAGAUGUGUCCUUAUUAACCAGUGUAUUGUCACGUGUGUAUGGAGUAAUAGGGAAUCAAAGCUGAUCAGGAUCCUGUUAAGAAAACAUUCAAUGAAAACUAAAUGUUCAUCUACAGCCAAAGACCCUGCACACACACACACACACACACACACUUUGUAGUGUUGUAUAUGUAUUCAGUAUUCAAGUGUGUGUAUUAUAUUGACACACAGACUAGUGUUGUGUAGAUUUUCUCUGUCAAACCAAAUAUUUUCCUUCUUCACCUCUGUUUGUUUAACGGACAGAGGCUCCUGUAGUUACCUGUAGCACCCCCUGGCUGUCAGACAGCACACUUCCUGUGGUUUCCGUGUCACCUGUUGCGAUGUCAGACAAUGGAUGUGGUCAGUCCAGAGUCCUUCACCUGUGAUGUUACAGUUUUUACCACAGUAAAAUGAUGGACUUUGUAAAUGUCAUCUGUCAUGAUCAAGGCUGAGAAGCAAAUUCUAUAUUAAUGACCUGUCAGCUGUAUUCUUGCACUAUCAUCCUAUUCAGUAUCUAUGCAAACAUCAAACUGAUAACCAAUCACAGACAUUGAUCAGUGAUCAGUCGCUGUUUGCUGUUCAGAUGUGUUAAAUGAACCUUAAUAAAUGAUAUAGUGUUCCA